CGGGCCCACUUCCCACGUCGGCUUUCCGGGCUGGUGCGGCAUUCGCUCCUCACCGGCGCAACCAACCGAUAAUGGGGGCUCUGGGCGUCCGGCGCGGUCUGGAGUGGCUACUGGGCCUCUACUUCCUCUCCCAUGUCCCCAUCACUCUGCUCUUGGACAUGCAGGUGGUGUUGCCGCGCGAACUCUACCCCGUCGAGUUGAGAAACCUGCUGAAGUGGUAUACCAAGGAGUUCAGAGACCCUCUGCUACAGGAACCCCCAGCGUGGUUUAAGUCCUUCCUGUUUUGCGAGCUCGUGUUGCAGCUGCCUUUCUUCCCCAUAGCAGCCUAUGCCUUCUUCAGAGGAGGCUGCCGGUGGAUCCGCACCCCUGCAAUCAUCUACUCCGUCCACACCAUAACAACUUUAAUUCCAAUUCUCUCCACAUUGCUAUUUGAGGAUUUCUCCAAAGCCAGCGGUUUCAAAGGACAAGGACCUAAGACUUUCCACGAACGACUAACCCUCGUAUCUGUCUACGCCCCCUACUUUCUCAUCCCUCUUAUGCUUCUGCUUUUCAUGUUGCGGAGCCCCUACUACAAGUAUGAGGAGAAAAGAAAGAAGAAAUGAGAGAAAUGACCACUGGCCCGGCGGGAGAUGCCCACAGGGCAGUUUCCUGUUGGACCCGGUAUGCAGAAAACUGCUC